CGUAGGCGCAACCCACGUUCCCAUUGAUAGUUUACAACUGAGACAACACGUUGUGAAAGCGCUCUCGUGCCGGUUGCUUAUCAGUGGAAUCAGUGUGUGUGUGUGUGUACAGUGUACGAUACGCUGUGUGGAUAAGCUCUGAUAUCAGGUCCUUUAUUUAUCAAUAGGGCAUUUUACUACUAGCGGGGAAUUAACAUCUACGAGAAAACAUGGCAGAAGCGCUCAACGAUUCCUCGAUGCCUCUCAAACCGGAAAAUGGUGAGGGAAAACCAGGAUCACCCGAAACACAGCAGAGCGAGGGUGGAGUCAAACUGCAACAGAAAAUCACACUUUUAAACGGCGUAACUGUCAUCGUUGGUAGCAUCAUCGGAUCGGGGAUAUUCGUGAGUCCCAAAGGUGUCGUAGAAGGCGCGGGAAGCGUGGGUCUCUCUCUCAUUGUUUGGAUUCUCUGUGGCUUAUUUUCGAUGGUCGGAGCUUAUUGUUAUGCUGAACUUGGAACCUCAAUCGUACGGUCUGGAGCAGAUUAUGCCUAUAUAUUUGAAGCGUUUGGACCAUUUCUGGCGUUUAUAAGAUUGUGGGUAGAAUGUAUGAUCGUUCGACCCUGCUCUCAAGCAAUAGUGGCUCUUACAUUCGCUUAUUAUGUCAUAGAGCCUCUAUUUCCCGACUGCGACCAGCCGGGCACUGCAGUAAGACUUCUGGCUGUCGUGUGUAUAUUGGUGCUGACGUUCGUCAACUGUUACGACGUGAAAUGGGCAACGAGAGUCCAGGAUGUGUUUACCUACGCCAAAGUGUUAGCGUUAAUACUCAUCAUCAUCACAGGGUUCGUGCAGCUGGGUAGAGGUCAGUUUGACAGUUUCAAGAAUCCCUUUGAAAACACAGAACCUGAUAUUGGGAAAAUAUCCUUAGCCUUCUACUCGGGCUUGUUUGCCUACAAUGGGUGGAACUACCUCAACUUUGUGAUAGAGGAAUUAAAAGAUCCUUACAAGAACCUCCCGAAGGCUAUCUGGAUCUCCAUCAUCCUUGUGACCAUUAUCUAUGUGCUGACCAACGUCGCAUACUUCACAACCGUCUCGCGUGAGGAGAUAGUCGGGGGCGCGGCAGUCGCUGUGAUGUUCUCCAAGCGUCUGUAUGGCUUCAUGUGGUGGAUCAUGCCCAUUUUUGUGUCUCUGUCAACCUUCGGCGGAGUCAAUGGCAUCCUCUUCACUACUGCCAGGUUGUUCUACGUGGGCGGCCGCGAGGGUCACAUGCCUCAGAUUCUCAGCAUGGUGCAAGUCCAGAGGAUGACCCCUCUCCCUGCUGUGCUCUUCAUGGGCCUGCUGUCGCUGGUGUAUCUGGCCUCCUCGGACAUCUACGCCCUCAUCAACUACGUCGGCUUUGCAACGUGGCUGUCCAUCGGCCUGUCUGUGGUUGUGUUGCUGUACCUCAGAUGGAAGAGACCCAACAUGCCUCGACCCAUCAAGGUUCACCUUUUCUGGCCAAUCCUGUACACAUUGUGUUCCAUCUAUCUGGUUGUGCUUCCCCUCUACGCUAGCCCAGUAGAGACAGGUAUUGGUUGUGCCAUCAUCGCCACAGGAGUCCCUGUGUACUUCAUCUUCGUGUACUGGACAAACAAGCCCCAAGUCUUCGACAACUUCAUGGAGAGCACUACAACCAUGCUUCAGAAGCUCCUAGUUGUCGUCCCAGAAGACAACAAGAAACAAUAAUGACUAUGAAGCUUAGGAUUUUCACCUUUCUACCCUCUUACACAAUGGACUCGCCCACAUCAAGAAUUCUCAUUUUGAUCAGAUAAUGUCAUUGCAGUUUGGACCAUCCCAAAACCAAACCAUCACAGGGCAGAUUAGUUUUGAAGAUGAGCAUCUUCUUGCUGAACCGUUAGACUUUCAACAGGGGAUGAUUUGUUAUAGAAUUGACAGGGCUUGCUCGACCAAAGUGAUCUUGCCUGUCUUUUUAAAUUUUGUUGAAAUAAUUGUUGAUGUUUCUAGCAUAUACUUAAGAUAAUACAGGAAUAUUUGUUGGCAGACUGUUAGACAAAACCUACUGAUAUUAUUGUUAAUGAGUUUUCUUUGCCUUGUCAUGCAAUGUUAAUAUUAGCAGAUGCAUUGGGGUUGUUUGGCAAAAUAUCUCAUGAAAUAGGUUUGAACAAAAACAUAUUUUUUUUCAGUAUUCAUAAUUUGUAUGAGUUUUGUGUUAUUGAAAAAUCCUGAAUAUGAGUCCAUAAACAAGAAAAUAUACACCAGCGUCAAAUUAUUACAUCCUGAUGAAAAUAUGUUAAGUUUUAAAACAAACCAAGGUGCUUACCUUAUUCGACGUAAUAAGCGCCCAGGGAGCUCUCAAAAUUAGAAAUAGGGGGCUCUUAUUAGAAUAUUAUUUUGGUGGAAAAAAAGAGUUGAAAGAUAAAUUUCGUGGUUUAUGCUGACAGCCUAA